GCGGGGCCUCGCGGGGGCUGCCGGGAGGUGUGGCGGAAGUCGGGGGUGCCACUGGGAGGUGUGGCGGAAGGGGCGGGGCCACGCGGGGGCUGCCGGGAGGCGGGGCCGGGGCGCUGGGCCCGGAGCGGAGCGGAGCGAUGCAGAAGUACGAGAAACUGGAGAAGAUCGGGGAAGGUACCUACGGGACCGUGUUCAAGGCCAAGAACCGGGAGACGCACGAGAUCGUGGCGCUGAAGCGGGUGCGGCUGGACGAUGACGACGAGGGCGUGCCCAGCUCGGCGCUGCGGGAGAUCUGCCUGCUGAAGGAGCUGAAGCACAAGAACAUCGUCAGGCUGCACGACGUCCUGCACAGCGACAAGAAGCUGACGCUCGUCUUCGAGUUCUGCGACCAGGUGAGCCGGGUGCGUGCGGCGCUGGUGCCUGCCCCGCCGUGCCCUGACGCCUGCCCCCUCCCCCCC